AUGAAAGCAGCCAGUGCUCACAAUGAAGCAAAACAUAGGAACUUGCCGGCGGUUAUACUGUCUCAAAACCAAGUGGUAAAGGUCUCAUCACCUCAAGCUCCACGACCAUUUCACUUCCAAGACCAAAACUACGAAGGGUUCUCACUACUAGAUAACUCAGUUAUAUACGAACGUCUCAUCCGCAAAUGCCAUUCUUCUGAGCGCCUCAAAAGGGAGGGCUAUGCCUUGGGGGAGGAAGCUCCAGAGAACGCUCGACAAGCCGCUAUCACGAAGCAAAUCAUUGUGGCUACUCAUCCUACCUUUCUCGAGCCCAAAAGAAAGGCAGUUGCCCUAGAUUGCGAAAUGGCAGGGAUCAGAAAUGGCGAAAGUGAAAUUAUAUCCAUAUGCGUGAUCGAUUUUUUCACUGGCGAACUUUUGCUCAAUUCUCUUGUCAAACCUCAUGAGCCCAUCAUUGACUGGCGUACCAACAUUCAUGGUAUAAGGCCGGCGACACUCGCCAUAGCCGCAUCCCAUGGACAAGUUCUCCGUGGUUGGGAAGCAGCACGACAAGAACUACUCAAGCAUAUCAACACAGAGACAGCAAUGGUUGGACAAUCUCUCCAGCAAGAUUUAAAAGGGCUUCGAUUAUCACAUGGAAAGAUUUUCGAUACUGCUAUUCUUACAGCAGAAGCGGUGUUUGGAACGGGCGCUUCCUUUGGUCGUCGAUGGAGUCUCCAAUCCCUCUGUGCAGACUUAUUGAAAUUGCGUAUUCGACAGGGUUCCAACACUCACGAUGCUUUGGAAGACGCUAUGGCAGCACGAGAGGUUGCGUUGUGGUGUAUAUGCUACCCUGACAAGUUAAUGAAAUGGGCAAAGAGGGCACACAAGAAACACAAGGCUGAAAAAGCGAAACGAGCUGAGCGCAAACGAAACAAACAGAAGAACAUGUAUUACUCAGCGCCUGUUCCUGAUGAUGAGAGUGAGGAUUAUGAUUAUUAUCAUGAUUAUGGUGACGACGAUGGUGAUGAAAUACUUCGAUGGGAGGACGUAAUAGACUGGGAAGUGUGGCCAAAGUCUCCCCCUUCUUCUGAUUAG